AUGAACAUGUUUGAAAUCAAUCAACCUGUGUUUGGGGUCAGCUUAGAAACAGUGAUGUCAUACCAAAAAGAGAAAUACCCUGAAGUUUCAGUUCCAAUAAUUUUCCUUUUAAUGAGAGAUACAGUUAUAGCAUUAAAAGGUGAAACUACUGAAGGAAUUUUUAGAAUUCCAGGUAAACAAGAAGAAGUAGAUGGUUAUAAAGAGUUAUUUAAUCAAGGAAACUAUGAAAUAUAUAAAGAAUGUAGUUGUCAUACAAUUGCUGGACUAUUUAAAUCUUUUGUUAGAGAAUUACCUAGUCCUGUUAUUCCACUAAAUUGUUAUGAUAAAUUUGUUGAUGAACAAACAGUAGAUGAUAUUGAAAAUGAUGUAUCGAAAAUACAACCACUGUUAGAUUGUUUACCACCUAUUAAUAAAGCAAUGACAAUAUUUAUUAUUAAUUUCCUUCAGCUUAUUUCUUCAUAUGAAGAAAAAACAAAAAUGGGGAUUGAUAAUUUAGCAAUGGUCUUCAGUGCUUGUAUGUUAAUUAAUGAUAACAUUGACCCUUUUAGUGCACUAACAAAAACUAAUGUAGCUAAAUCAUGUAUUGCUGCAUUAAUCCGUCAUUUACCAGAAGAUGCAAUGAAACAAGUUAAUAUUUCUAUUGAAGGGUAUACACCAUUAAGUGGUAUAACUCAAGUUGACGUAGAUCCAAUUAUUCAAUACAUUGAAAAUAAACAACUUGAAGAACAAACAAAACUUCAAACAAAAGAACAUCCAAAAGCAUUUGGUUUGUUUCGAAGUCGAGCUCAAAGUCAAUCUAAAAAGAGAGGGUCAAAUGAAGGUCCAACUUUUGCUAGAAGUGUUAGUAAAGAAGGGUUAGCAGUACCAUCAUUUCAAAAUCUUUCUGGAUUUAAUAAUUCUAGCCCUUCACAAGCUUCUCCUCAUAAAAGAGUUACUUCAGUUUGUUUCACUGGUCAAACAGUUAGCAAAUCAAUUGAAAAAGAAACUGAAGCUGAAAAAAAGAAUCAGAUAUGGGAUUUAAAUUUAGCACCACGUGCUUUAGUUAAACCUUCCUUCCUUCUUUCAAAAACAAUUACUGUUUAA